AUGGACGAGUCGGCACCAGUUGAAAGCCGGAGUCAGCUCCCAAGCCCCCACCACGGCUCACUGAGGAGGGCAGUAGCUGCUGUCCUAGCCAUGGAUGGGGAAUCCACAUUGGGCCGCAGGAAGAAGAGGAGGAAAGACUCUCGCCCGGAAUCCAUCAUCAUCUACCGGUCAGAUAAUGAGAAGACGGAUGAGGAGCCUGAAGAAUCUGAAGGUGGAGAUCGGCCUAAAGAGGAAGAGGGGGAAGACUUUCUGGACUAUCCUGGAGAUGAUGGUGUGUGGAAUGUGCCUCUGGACAGCCGCUAUGUCACACUUACUGGAACCAUCACAAGAGGGAAGAAGAAGGGUCAGAUGGUGGAUAUCCACGUCACUCUGACAGAGAAGGAGCUGCAGGAGCUGACCAAACCCAAGGAGCUGUCAAGGGAAGCAGCACCUGAAGGAAGAAGGGCCUGCCAGGUGGGGGCAGACCAGGGGCCACAUGUGGUCCUCUGGACACUGGUCUGCCUGCCUGUGGUCUUUGUCCUCUCUUUUGUUGUAUCUUUCUACUAUGGCACCAUCACCUGGUACAACAUCUUUCUUGUGUACAAUGAAGAAAGGACCUUCUGGCAUAAGAUUUCCUGCUGUCCGUGCCUCAUUCUCUUCUAUCCAGUGCUCAUCAUGGCCAUGGCCUCUUCCCUGGGGCUCUAUGCCGCUGUGGUCCAGCUCUCAUGGUCCUGGGCAGCAUGGUGGCGAGCUGCCUGUGACAUGGAGAAAGGCUUCUGUGGCUGGCUCUGCAGCAAGCUGGGUCUGGAGGACUGUUCUCCCUACAGCAUUGUGGAACUGCUGGAGUCUGAUAAUAUCUCAGGCAAUCUCUCCAACAAGGACCCCAUCCAGGAUGUAGAAACCUCUACUGUCUAG